AUGUCUUUAAAACAAGCUAUGUUUUUACUCGCAGUGUGUGCUACAGUCUUCAUUGUUAGUGUUGCAAAUGGACUUCCAAUCGCAAAUGCCAAUUCAGUUUAUGUAAGACAAAAGCGAUCACCUGAACCGCAUGGAGGAUUCGGAGGUGGAUUUGGAGGCGGCUUUGGAGGAGGAUUCGGAGGAGGCUUUGGGGGAGGAUUUGGUGGCGGACGAGGAUUUGGAGGAGGCAGAGGAUUUGGAGGAGGAUUCGGUCGACCGCCGCCACCUCCACCGCCACCAUUUUUUGGAGGAGGAAUAGUUCCAGUCGUUAUAAUAAGAAGACCGUACUAUGACUAUUGA